AUGCCCCUCUACGCCUUUGGAUCCAAUGGAUCCGGCCAAUUAGGCAUCGGGCACGACGAAGACGUUUCAAUACCCACUAAAUGUUUAUUUGAAGGCUCAGAACCAGAUAUUUUACAAUUAGCUGAAGGAAAAUCAAUCAAUUACAUUCGUCGCAUAGCAGCAGGUGGAAACCAUACCCUUCUUCUAUUCUCCGAUGGAACCGUGUACGCAGCGGGGUGUAACGACGAUGGGAGAUGUGGUGUUGAGCCCGGAGAUUCCUUGAUGAGAUUCCGGAGGGUCGUUGUUCGGGAUGAUGGGAGUGGGCAGUCUUGCAAGACGUUCAGGGACGUUUCGGCGUGUUGGGAGGGGACUUUCCUUGUUGCUGCCGAGGGAGAUAGGGUGUUUGUGCUUGGGUCUGGGCCGAAGGGGGAAUUGGGGCUUGGGGAGGGGUUGGUGCGGGCUACUGAGCCUGUGCCAGUUAAGGGUUUCCCGCCGUCUGGGACAGAGGUUGUGAGUGUUGCGAGUGGGAUGGGACAUACGGUUGUUGUGUUGUCGGAUGGAGAGGUGUAUGGGUGGGGUGCGGCGAGGAAGGGGCAGCUUGGGGAGGCGGCGAAGAGGAAGAAGAUUGUUUGGGAGCCGGUUAGGGUUGAGGGGGUGCCGUUUCGGGCGAUGGGUGCAGCUUGUGGGCGCGAGUUUACGGUUGUUACGGGGGAUAGGACCAAGGGUGAGUUUGUGAUCUUGGGCUCCGCGGAUAAUAGGUGGAAUGUUUUGUCUGAUGUGCCUCCCGCUUUGGGGGCGUAUCGUGGUAUCUGGGCUAGUUGGCAUGGUGUCUAUGUACAGCAGGAUGGGGGUGUUUUGGCUUGGGGGCGGAAUGAUCGUGGUCAGCUUCCGCCGGUGGAUUUGCCGACUGUGAGGGAGUUGGCGGUGGGAAGUGAGCAUGCUCUUGCUUUGCUUGAGGGUGGCACGGUUGUGGCGUUUGGUUGGGGGGAGCAUGGGAAUUGUGGGCCUGUUGCUGAUGAACAGGGGAAUGUGAAGCAGAAGUAUGCUUUGAUUCCUCUUCCUAUGGAAGAGGAGUCCCUUGUAGUCGGUGUUGGGGCCGGUUGUGCGACUAGCUGGGUUAUCAUGUCGUGA